AUGUGCAAGACCCUCCAAGGCUUCGGUGGCCUAAGCCGAGAACUCGAAGCUGAAGAGCCGGACUCCGAGGCGCCGAGGGCCAAGGCCUCCGAAGCUUUCGCCGAGGGCGAGGUGGAUGGUUGCCUGCCGGGCGUGCCCGAGGUUUACGAUGCAUCGGGGUUUCCGGACCUGAACUUGGAGAGUGGCGACGGGCACCUCUCCAUUUUCGAGCUGCUCGGCCGAGGAGUCAGCGGAUGCAGAGUGCAUCGAUGUCAAUCCACACAGAUCCCCGUGCCCUCCUUGGCGGGCAAGGUGCUACCGUUGGGAAAGGCGACUUUUCCCGACAUGGUGGAGGACUUCGGCAAGGAAAUGGAGAUGAUGAAAUCACUGCCGGCGCAUGAUUCGAUUGUGGCCUUUCAUGGUGCUUGGAGCACCGAGCGCUACAUGGACAGCGGUGUCCAGCACAAGGCGUACGUGAUGCUCCUGGAGCUCUGCAGCUCAUCGCUAGAGUCAGUGAUACGGUCCCGUCGUGAGCAGCAGCAGCCCUUUCUGGCAGCGGAGCUCCUGCACGUGCUGAAGCAGGUGGCCGCCGGGCUGGCGCACUGUCACCGUCACCGGGUGUUGCAUCGCGAUCUGAAAUCCGCCAACAUCUGGCUGUGUUCACCAGCCGAAGCUGCGGCAGAGGUGCUAGACUUGUGCUCCAUGGCAGCGAAGAUUGGCGAUUUCGAUGCCGCGAAGGCCUCCAGCCGGGCCCAGACCCCUGUGCAGACGCCGCAUUUCAUGGCGCCAGAGGUGGCAGCGCAGACAGGUGAAGACUACGGCCCAGCUGCGGAUAUUUGGGCGCUGGGCUGCGUGGUCUUCGAGAUGCUGGAGUUGGGCCUGCCGUACGGUGAGGACCUGACCUUGCCGCAGCUGGAAGCAGCCUUGGUCGCGGGGGAGGGGCCGACCUUGUCGGACCGAGCUGCAGCAGAGUCCCGUGCGAAGCACGUGGUGGAGAUCAUGGACCAGUGCCUGAAGAAGGAGCCGUCUGCGAGGCCGACAGCCGAAGAGGUCAUGAGCUGCUUGGAAGCAGGGCCUGGGGGCCGAUGCGAUGCCAUGCCAGAGAGGCCAGAGCGGGCACGAGCCAUUCUCGACAGAGUCGAGGGAUGGCAGAAUUCUGUGCUUCCGAAAAGGAGGUUCGGGGAGGACCGCAUCCAGACAUCUCCGUGGAUUUGGCAGGAGGAGGAUGCCCUGGUCGGCAAGAAGAAGUAUCGAAUCACUCAGAUGUACAGGCACAUCUCCGAGCAAGCCAGUGAGAGGAUUCUUUGCCAGGGCUUUGGACACUUCAGGUGUCCGGCUAUCAUCAACGUCGGUGAUCCCGGGCAAGCAAAGAAGGACAUCGAGCAGCAGCUGGAGUUCAUCAGCGAGGCCAAGAAGAAGAAGCGUUUGGAGGAGAUGCUUGUCGGCGCAGAACCGCCAAUCAUCGUCUUCGUAAACCAAAAGAAGGCCGUGGAUGUGUUGUCCAAGUCUUUGGACAACAACGGCUACAGAGUUUGCUCCAUCCAUGGAGGUAAGAGCCAGGAGCAACGAGAGUGGGCCAUGAACUCCUUCAAGGAGGGCAGGUACGACAUUUUGGUGGCCACCGACGUGGCUGGGCGCGGCCUGGACAUCGAGGGUGUGCAGAGAGUGAUCAACUUCGACAUGCCGAAGACGAUCGAGGACUACACGCACCGAAUCGGUCGAACUGGCCGAGCAGGUCUGAAAGGAUUGGCGAUCUCAUUCGUCACACCGGAGGACUCCGAAAUCUUCUAUGACCUCACGAAUUUCUUGAAGAGCUCAAAUCAAGUUGUACCGCCAGAGUUGGCCUCACACCCCGCCUCAAAGUUCAAGCCGGGCACGGUCAACGAGCACGGGCAGGUCAUGGGCCGGAAGCUGGUUGACCAAGUCGUCUUCGCGAAGAAGUGA